GCGAGAGAUUGUGAGAGAGCGACGGAGCUGAGUGGGACCGAGUGAAAACAGUUUUGUUCUUUCAGUGUUUGUGUGGAGUAAUUGUAUGUAGACCGAACAGUGAGGGAGGGCUUUCAGCCGUCUGUAAAGUUAACAAAGAAACGUCCUCUCCUUAUUUAGCUCUCAUUGUGUGUCUGUAUGAAUGAGUGAGUGUCAAAGAGAGAACAUCAGCCGGAGCAGACCGCGACUGUUGUUUAUGCGUUUGUGAGAGAGGGAGUGGGACGGAAAUAGAGAUAGAGGGAGUGGAGAUAGCGAAGUGUAGAGGUGCUUCUAAUUGUUUUCAUUUUUCUCUAAUGACCACCGUGCCGUGCGGAAGGAACAGAAACACAGAUCGCCUGUCAGUCUCGGCACACACACGCUCCGCGUGAUCCUCUGGACGCACACGUUUGCACCUGUUGAGCGUAUUUAGGCUACUUCACGUCCAGCAGUCCAUGGCCGUCUCCACAGCUGUGUGAAACUGUGCCUGCGUUUGUCAGGGAUCUUCCUUUUUAUCCAGAAGAGAGAUGUCAUCGCUCUAUUCGCGCAGCAAGGACCUUUCCUCUCGCUCCAGAAAGUCCUUGUCGGACUCACCACCCUCCUCUCCGUCCCCCAGCACCAAAACCUUCAGACAAGAACGGGCAUCAAGGUCAGACUCCAGUGGUGUGGAGUCUCCGUCAGACCGACUGUCAUCUCGGACCAGCACCUACACGCGCCGAGAGAACAGACUCGCCUCUUUGAGCAAAACAGACGACGACUCAGCCAGCAAGGACUAUAAGAAGCUGUAUGAGGAUGCACUGACCGAGAAUGAGAAGCUGAAGUCUCGACUGGACGACAGCAAACAGGAGCUCACCAAGAUCCGCUCACAGCUUGACAGAGUCACACAGAGGCAGGACAGAAUAUCAGAGAGGUCCACUGUAUUUGAAUCAGAGAAAAGGGAAAAGGAAGCAUUGGAGAAGAAGGUUUCAGACAUGGAAGAAGAAUUAAAGCAGACGCCCUCAGUGAGGUUUCGCUACCAGUCCUGAGUUCAUCCUCAGCUGGACUGGGUGAAAGAGGGGCAGAUGGUAUUGACAGAACUCAAGUCUGAUAACCAGCGGCUGAAAGAUGAGAAUGGAGCCUUAAUCAGAGUCAUCAGUAAACUUUCCAAAUGAGGACGACCGGGUGAAUAGGGAGGAGAAACACUGAACAGAGAGAGAACAAAUCUGAGAACUUCACAUUGACUUCAACCUGACCAUUGUCAUGCUGGGUAAUGGUCUGUCAUCUCUUACUCUUGGUGCGGCAGCUCCAAGGUUAAAGGGAUAAUUCACCCAACAAUGAAAAUUCUGUCAUCCUUUACUCACCCUCAUGGCGUUUCAUCUUCUGUUGAACAUAAAAGUAGAUGUUUUGAGAAAUGUAUAAAGUGUUGUUUUUGUUAAUACAAUGGAAUUCAGUGGUCACCAAUACUGUUUGGUUAACAACAGUCUUCAAAAUAUCUUCUUUUGUGUUCCAGAGAAGACAGAAAGUAACCACCCUCUUACAAAAUACAGCUAAAACUUGCUCAGCUAGCUAGUAGAGCUGAGGUCAACCAUCUUAAAGGUCUCAAAAUACUCACAAGUUCUUUUUCGUUCUUCGCUUAGGGGAAAAAAGAAGUUUGAAAUACCUUUGGUAUUGGGAUGUUUGCUAACAGUAUACCGCUACAAUCUACCAAUGCUAGUACAAAAUUGUUUACCACCCGGAGCAAACUUUUUCAGAAAGUUCACUUUGGCAAGCCCUUUUUAAACUCCCAAAAUGAACUCCAAACAAACUUCACUUUGGCCUGGUUUUGUUCGCAAUUACAUCAUACCAGUUUGUUCUUCGAUUUUGCUUGAAGUAUACCGAGGCCUUAAUUGACCUGGUUAGAGCUAAUAAUACAUUUUUGCUGGUGGGGACCUGGGUAGCGUUUCCCAAAAGCAUCGUAAGCCUAAGUUGAUCACAGAACCAUGCCACCAAUGGCGCUACGAUCAACUUAGGCUUACGAUGCUUUUGGGAAACGCUACCCUGGUUGGUUAACAAUGUUCCAAAGCACACCUUGAACUAGUUAACUGGUUUCACCACCUCAUACUGGGUUGACCUGGUGUUUGCAGUAGGAUACUCGAAUAACACUGUAGCCACAGUACUGGUUCCUAAGAACUUCUUCAAAAACAUCCAAUGAAUUGAAUGUUUUCUCAGUGGCCUUUCUAAACUCUAAAUGUUUCAAGAUCAGUGUAUGAAAUGUUAAAAUCCAUCCAUCCAGAAUGAAUGACCACACUGGUCCAGGCUGGUUUAAAGGUCUUAAAAAUAAAGGUUCUUUUUUGGCAUCUAUGGCUCCAUGAAGAACCUUUAACAGCCAUGAGACCUUUCCAUUGCAAAAAAGUUAUUUAGAUUAUUCAAGUCGUGCUGAAAUGGACAUAGCAGCAGGUCUUUUCUUUCUUAUUAUGACACAUGUGAGUGUAAUGGGUUAUCAAAAAAGAGGAAAUGUAGGAUUGGUUCUGUGCAUUGGUUGGUGAUUAGAUUUUGAGAUGUGGGCAUUGCACUCAAAAGUGGAGGCAGAUGAGCAUGAGCUUGCAGGGGCGGGAUAUAAGCAGACAAAUUUAUUAUAGAAGUUAGUGUUGUCAAAAAAUAUCGAUAUUUCGAUACUUAUCGAUAUAGAAAUAUCUGAAACAAUUCCAAUUCUCCUUUUCUGCAGUAUUGAUACGCCGACACCAGCUGUGCGUUCUCGAGCCUCUUCUCACUCACUUGUUUUUAUUCGCUCUGGUUGCAUAGUGUUGGUGUUACAGGGCCUGAAUCUUGCCGUGGGGUUGUGGGUGUUUUGCACAAGUUUGACUCCUGUUUCGCACUCACACCAAAACCACGUAUAAGUGGUACGCACAUAAAGUCGCCUGUCAAACAGCUCACGAGUAACAAAUUGAGUUCUUUUUUGUGGCUUAUUGCACUUAAAUGGUCAAAUACACACAAAAUUAUUUAAAAGUGCCUGUCUUGCCGAGUAUUCAGGUAAACAGUCAGUUUUGGAAAGCAAAAAGUUGGAAAAGAAAUCAAGUUGUGUAACAGUAUAUUGGAUCCGUGCAUAAGCUCUUAAAGUGACAGCAGCCUAAUAAACCUGCUGCUGUCUGUCAUGUUAAUCAUAGAACAGAAGACUAAGAGAAAAUCACUCGCUGCUCCUGACUGAAUAACUUUUGUAACUUUAAUAAUAAGCAUUAAUCUGCAUGUAAUUUUUACAAUGAAGACUAUCCAGUGUUAUUUUACAUUUGAUUGCUUUCAUUUCUGUAAUAUUUCUUACCUGAAUACUGUUAGACCCACCUGAAAAAAACAAAUCAAAACAAAACAAAAAAACAUAAAGCUGUUUAUUUCAUUUGUGUCUUUAUUAGAUUGUAUUUAUUUGUGCUAUAGUUUGCAGUUUGUUUACUUGUUAUUAUUACUUGUCUUUUUCAUAAGUUUAGUUCCAUUUCAAAUAAAGCCUCCUUGUGCUUUGUAAACUAUUGCAACAAAAUUACCCAAAUUAUCAAAAGAUUAUGAGAUAAUAAAAUAUCUAUAUGGCAGUAUAUAUGGCAGUUUUCCCAGUGGUAUCGAAAAUGGUAUCGAAUAUCGAUAUUUUUCAAGGUAUCCUAUUGAAAUUUCAGUAUUGUGACAAUACUAGAAGUCCUGCAUACAUCACCAGAGAGAAGUCACUUUCAUUUUCGCCCAGAAAGUCCAGUUAUGACAUUUUGAUUAAACAUUUUGAAGUUAAAAUAUUAAUAAUAAUAAUAAUAAUAAAAUUAAGUAAUCUAUUUGAAAAAUAGUAGAGCGAAUUUACUGCUGAAAAAAAAGGGAAAGUAUAAAAGUAGGGAAAGUUAAAAGUAGAAUUGUUCACUGAAAGGUUCUAUGGGCAAUCGAAAAUGCUUCUUCUGUGGCAUUACUGCAAAAAACCCUAUUUGGAACCUUUUCCAGAUUGGUGUGAGUCCAGCAUAAAUAUACUUUUCACCAGCAAAAUUUAGUUUGUGAGGCUGGUCAACUAGGUUUCUGGUGAAGCUGGUUGACUAGAAAACUCUUGCUGUUGAGAAGUCUUGUGGGAACACCAGCACACCAGUAUCAGCACACCAGUGACACCAACUUUUCUGGCCUUUUCAGCAGGGAAGAGCUGUACAAACUGCCAUACCUUUAAAAGAGUGUUUGAUCAUCAAUCAUAUCUAAUUAUCCUGAAGCAGGCGGCCUAAUAUGAUCUUUAGAAGCUCUGCCAGAACAUUGUCAAAGGAAUGUUCCCACUGAGGAAUGAUGUCACUCUUCUUUAACUAAAUUCAUAUCAAUUCAUCGGUCCUGUUUACUUUUACAAUUGUAGUGUUUAUAUAUGAACUGACGGGCUGAAGAAUGGAUAAAUAGCACCAUUAUUGAAUGUGUUUUAUAUUUAUUUAUGCCUUUUGUGUGUAAUUAAGAGUAUCUAUAUGGAUAAAACAGAAAACAUCACACCUAAUAUGCCUUUUUAAAUGCUUUGUUUAUUUUCACUGUCCACAGUUUUUAACCUGUAAUCUUGAACCAAAGCUCACAGCACUUUGUUUAUGAUUGUGUUUGUUGUUUGCCUGUUAUGAUUAUUAAUAACACACUGUAAAAAACA